AUGCAAAGGAUUAAUCAAUACCGCGUGACUGCUGAAUACAAAAUACUGAUUAUGUGCAAUCCUUAUCGAAGUGUUUGUUUGUUAUGGAGACGGAACACGAGGCUGGCAACAGGGUGGAGCUUAACGUCCAGGUCUCCCACCGGAAGUUCCCAAGUUUUCAAGGCAACAGUGCGAUGUACCGAGGCGAAGGAGGACAGGCAGAGGAGACGGGAACGGACCAACUGAUAGACGAGUAUUAUAAAGACCUUGAUAACGACCCAAAGUUAUCGGAACCCAAACCGCCUCAAGUCAGUCAUCCUAGCACCAACAAUAUGAGCGGACACGGCGGACACGGCGGGGCUAAAGUUGAACCCUUUUCAAUCGAUUCGGAAAAUGAUAGUGACAGCGGUAUUGGGUGCUGUGGAUACAUCCUGUACGGCCUCUCCCUCUUCUGCAUGCUCAUCACAUUUCCCUUAUCCCUCUGUGUAGCCAUUAAGGUGGUGCAGGAAUAUGAGAGGGCGGUCAUAUUUCGACUGGGUCGUCUGGUCCCCGGAGGCGCCAAGGGGCCGGGUUUGUUCUUCAUAAUCCCGUGCAUGGAUUCUUUCACCAAAGUGGAUCUGAGAACUAUAUCGUUCGAUGUGCCGCCCCAGGAGGUGUUGACGCGUGACUCUGUGACGGUAGCCGUGGACGCUGUGGUCUACUACCGUACGAGCAACGCCACCGCUUCCAUCACCAACGUGGAAGACUCAAGCCGAUCCACGAGACUGUUGGCAGCCACAACACUCAGGAACGUCCUUGGAACCAAAAGUCUGGCCGAGAUUUUGUCAGAGAGAGAAACUAUCAGUCAGAGUAUGCAGAUGUCCCUAGAUGAAGCCACAGACCCAUGGGGUGUGAAGGUGGAGAGAGUAGAAGUUAAGGACGUGCGACUGCCACUCCAGCUCCAGAGAGCCAUGGCUGCAGAGGCAGAAGCUUCACGAGAUGCACGGGCCAAGGUCAUUGCCGCUGAAGGAGAACAGAAGGCUUCCCGGGCUCUGAAGGAAGCUGCUGAUGUCAUCUCAGAAUCUCCCGCGGCUUUGCAGUUGCGUUAUCUGCAGACGCUUAAUACCAUCUCGGCUGAGAAGAACUCGACAAUCAUUUUCCCUCUGCCCAUUGACCUUCUGCAAUCAUUUGUGAAGAAAUAGUGAAAAGAAGUCAAUCAUUUGUGAAGAAAUAGUGAAAAGAAGACCGCUUGUUUUGUGGCACAUGAGAACAUUUGAGAUGUUAUGUUGAGGGGUUUGUGUUGAGGUUUUUUUGUGGUUUUUUUUGUAUAUUUUGUUUUCAAUUUUUUUUAAUUUGUUCUAAAUUUAUUUAUUUUUCUUAUUAUUUAUUUGAUUUUUAAGGGGGGGGGGGGGGGUAGGGUGUUAGGGUGUGUCAUUUGGUAAAUUGGGGUGGGUGGGGGGUGAGCGUAGAGAUGGGCAGCGAUGGAGAGGGGCAGUGUGGGGAUUGUUCAGGCAGCUUGUAUACAUGCACUGGUUGUUUGUUCUAAAUGGUAACAGUGGUUUCAUGACUAUUAUAUAAAUGUUUGACCUUUUUUCCACUUAUCCUUGAAUACUGUUGUAUCAGCAGCAGCAUAUAACCUAAGGGUGAUAUUAUCAGUAUUGAGACCAUCAUGUACACGGUGCCUUGUAUAUUACAUAACCCUACACCUUGUUUAACCAGAUUCUGCCAGUCUUACACACACUGUCAACUACGAUUCUACAUUAACUUCCCCUAUAAUGCAGAAAAGUAUCUGUUAUAUUCUACUUGUUUGUUCCCGCACAUGUUUUCGACGUCAACAAGAAAUAAAAAUAAUAAUCUGUCUUUGUCACUUUCACUACAGGCACAGUUGUAUUGAAAGGAUAUUUAAGACAAAACAUAUUUACAUUUCAACUCGUUCGUUAUUACCUUGUGCUCUUUAAGGGAAAGAGGAGUAAGCAUGAUUAUUGCUUGUGCUGUAUUAAUUCUCUUGUAUACCAUGAGAUAUUACUCAUUUGAUAAUCCAAAUGUCUUUGGGUCAAUAUUUUAUUCAACAAGUAUCUACCCUCCAUUUGGUAUUAGUUUGCUGCUUUCUGUUGGCUGGUGCAGCGUAAAGCAAUAUUCUUUUAUUCUUUCUAGGGGUUACUGUGUAAUCUUGAAAAUUUUGCCCAUUUCAUAUUCGGUUUCAGAAUACAAGAUGAUAUCAUUACCCAAAGCACAAAAUAAGUCUGCACUGGUACUUCCACCAUUUGCACCAGAUAUAUGUUCCACAAAGGAGGCAUAACGCUCCGAGGAUCGCAAGUCUGUGCUGAAGUAUGGGAAGUGCGAUCAUCCUAGCCCUAAGAUCGCUUUAUUAAACAGUUUGACAAAUACAUUUAUGUCAGAAGUUGCUUGAAUUGACAAAAACAGAAGAGAAUUCCUAGGAUGACGCCAAUAUGCUGCAUUCAGAAUGAAACCCCUCUGUGUAGUCUGGAUAACAAGACUGGAGAGGGCCGACUAAACUAGCUAUCUAAAGAUAUCUGCAAAGGGUCAAAACAGGUCCCUUCGUAAGAGCAGGGUGAAUUACACUUCCCUGUUUGGAGGGUCCUCUGUCCCGAAACCUUUGGUAAUAAUUCCUUAAGUUCCUGAAUUUGGUCCCGGGAAGGUGACGACCAUCCCAUUGUCUUAUAGAGCGUUAUAUAUAUUUAGACGGCAGAUAGGUGCGAAUAAUCUGAUCUUUCAGCUUAUGUUCAGGAAUAUGUUUCAUUUAUACUCCCCCAAGGCCUUUAUUAUUGAACCUAAUUCCACCCAGUAAAGUGAGUGAUUGAGGAUGGUUUUGCGCCGCUUUUAGCACUAUUCAAGCAAAUAUCACGGCGGGAGACACCACAAGUGGGCUUCACACAUUUUACCCAUGUCGGAAUCGAACCCGAGUCUUCGGCGUGACGAGCGAACGCUUUAACCCGACCGCCAACCCCCCCCCCCCCCCCCCCCAACAACUAUGUAGUACUGCUGAAUGACAGAAUAUGCAAGUUCUGCGCUGAAUCGAAGCUUCAAACUGUGAUAGAAGAUAAAGCCCACUUCUUACUUGACAGCUUCUUCUCUUCAGAUCAACGUUGCAAACGUAACAGUGUACAUCGAGAAAAACUUAGUUUUUAUUCAUUCAUUCAUUGGACAGCACUGAGAAGUUGUAUUAAUUUUAUCUUACAAUGCUUUACAACACCUCUUAGCUUUCACUUUAUAUAUAAUGUACAAAGGAAGCCUUGUAAAUAGAACUCUAAAAUGUGGAUACAGCUGGAUGAUGAUACAGUUCAAAUGUGUUCAAAUUGUAUAUACAGUAAACUACGUUUAUAACGAACUGACCGAUCAAACGAAGUUAUGUUUUAGUCCCGGGAAAUAUGUUGAAAAAUGCUGUAUAUAUGCUUAUAACGAACUACGGUUAUUACGAACUACAAUUAUUGGUCCUGUUGAGUUCGUUAUAACCGUAGGUUACUGUAUGUGGCCAUGAGCUUGAUGGGCAUCAUACUCUUAUCUGUAUGUAACAUUGUUUUUGUAUUGUUGUGAGUAUAUUGCUAGCUCCAGAAAUAAACUAUUUAUCUAUCUUA